CUCAUAGAAAAGGGCGCCCUCGCAGCCAGCAGGUGGCCCAUCCACCACGCCUCUGACGUCAUGCGGCUCGUCGCGCUAUGGAGAUACGGUGGCCUCUACCUGGACCUCGACUUCGUCGUACUGAGGAACCUUUCACAGAUGGGUGAAAACUGGAUUGCUGCAGAGAGCGCUUCUUCGAUCGCCAACGGUGCAAUGCAUAUGUCGUUACGGCCAGGCUCAGCAGGAGAGGAGUUGGCCAACACCUAUAUGGAAACUCUUCGGACGGACUUCAACGGCCAGCAAUGGACGUCCAACGGCGGCGCAAUACUCAAGAAGUUGCUGACUCGACGUUGCAACGUCAACAAGGUAACACAUAUGAGGAACUGUCGUGGUUUCCGAGUCCUGAGGCCGCUGCUGCUGUACCCAGUGCCCUUCGAGAAAUGGAGGAGGUACUUUUCUGAGGAGGACACCAGGAGCACGCUAGCUGUCAUGCACCGAGCUUACGCAGCACACGUGUGGAACAAGGUCAGCGCGGAAGCUGACGUCGUGCCACAAAACUCAGUCUACGCUACACUCGCCCGCAAAAAUUGUCCUAACUCCUUCAGGGCCGCCGCGGGUCGCUUCUAG